CUCAGAGCCGCACUGCAGAGUGGGCUGGACACGGCGGCAGCAGUGCUGUAGCGCUGAGCACGGCUGAUACAACAUGGGGUGUCCCAGGGGCUGGCCGGGGACUGCCCUUUCCCUCCUGCUGCUGCUGCUACUCAGCCUCCUGGCGCUCUGCUUGGCAGCACUGGAGGAAGCGGACCCCACCACUGCCGGGCAGCCGCGAGCAGUGUGCACCCUGCAGGAGGGCGGGAGUCGUACCUUCACCUGCUGGGUUCCCCGGCCAGUCCCCGGUGCCACACUGGCCUGGUACCUCAGCGGUCAGAAACAGGAAGUCAACCUCUCGACUGCGGACACUGCCAGCAUCCACACCCUCACCGGCCAGCGAUCUGACCACCAGCUCAACUGCUCCCUGACCAACCCGACCUCCAGUGAGACCUACAACACCUCCAUCCUUCUCAAUGUGCAGUAUAAGCCAGAAAUCCUGCAGGAAGGCACCCACUACCAGCAGGUCAGGGGUGCUGGCCUUCUCCUGCUGCUCUUUGUGCUGGUGCAAACCAACCCACCUGCCAGCAUCACCUGGGUGAACCAGGAUGGGCAUGUGAUGGCCAACACCUCCAAGUUUCUCCUCCUGGGUGCCACAAGCUACCCAGGGCUGGCCAACCACUCUCUCCACAUCCAUCUCAGCUGCACCGCUGGAAACCUCUCCAUCAGUGCAGCCGAGAGUGUGGGCAUCACCACUGCCUCUCUCCUGCCCACAGGUCUGCUGGAUGCCCGUGUGGAGCUGCCUGUCCUGGGUGUUGCCAUUGGAGCAGCCCUGGCCCUAGCCGCCCUGCUCAGCCUGGGCUCCUGUGCUGCCUGCCUGGCAUGCCGCUUGCCCAAGCAUGUGCGAGGUCUGGGGCAAGCAGGAGGGAACAGUCCACCCAGCCAACGCUCCCAUUGCAGCAGCUCUGAGGCCCCGCAGGCCCAGGGUAUACAUCUGCCCCGCCAAACCCGGUCCCUGCCACCCAACCUGCGCCUCAGUGACCUUGCACAGGAUGAAGGUAAAACCCUGAUGUGCCAGUGCAGCAAGACACGUGAGGCCACCAGGUCAUGCCUGAGUGAGGGACAGAUGUCCUGGCUCUCAUCCCUUUGCUUCCCUGCAGCUUCCCCCAAGGAUGGAGGAGCUGGUGCUAGGGGGGAAGAGAGUGCCCUGCUGGGACUGGAAAACUCCCUGGUCCUCAGCAAGCUUGGUUUUGUCCAGCUCCCGAUGUCUGGGCGCAUCUACAAAGUGCCCAGCAUGAGCAGUGAUGAGAUCUGGCUGUGAGCUGCAGUGUGGUGCCAGUGAGCCAGGGCUGCCCGGCACCAGGUACGUACCAGCCCCUGGAGCCGAGCAGCUGAGGGUGCCAGCAAGGCCAUGAUGGGAAGCAGGAGCUAACCAGCCCCAGCUCCGUGCUGUGGUAUGCGAUGGAGGGUUUGGGAGCUGCGCUGUCAGCCAAGGCAUGGUUUUAUGUAGUCCAUGAACUUUACCAAUAUUCUGUUACAAUCCAAAUGCAUCAAAGCUGUUAAUAGCCAGGCUCUAGCACUACCAUUCCUCCUGGGGUAAAGCCAAGCACCAGCUUUGCUUUAACAGGUGUGUGACAUGCUGCAUGAUCCUCUUUGCUCCUGUCCCUGCUGCUGUGGCAGACGGGUGGGAGGUCAGCAGGGCAGGGGCUUGGGAGAGCCGUCCCAACAGCAAUAAACUGAA